AUGACCUUGGCAGCUAACAGCGUGAUCCUAGGAUACGAUCAAGGCGUCCUUGGAGGUCUCAUCUCCCUUCCAACUUUCCUGUCCGCAAAUCACAUCAAUGCCAACGCUGCAGAUUUGCAGGGCACAAUCGUGGCGAUUUACGAUAUUGGUUGCCUGACCGGAUGUAUUAUCUGUGGUUUCGUCGGGCAGAUGCUUGGUCGCCGCCUGUUUGUUGUCAUUGGGGGAAUCCUCAUUUGUUUUGGUGCCGGACUGCAAGCUGGAGCCCAUGGGACCUCGUAUCUCAUUUCGGGACGUGUCAUUGCUGGCCUCGGGAUGGGCAUUAUCACGGUGAUGGUGCCCGUGUGGGUUGCCGAAACAGCCAAAGCAAAGUCUCGCGGUGCGUUGAUUGCGACUCAACUCUCGAUAGUCAUCUUAGGUCUCACCAUCGCCUACUGGUUCGACUACGGCAUGAUUCGCAGUUAUCCCGGUACAGAGGCAGUCUGGCGCUUACCCAUAGCUUUCCAAGUCGUCUUCAUUUUGUUGACCUUUGCCAUGAUCUUCUUUCUCCCGGAGUCGCCUCGCUACCUCUACGCAAAUGGCCAGAUUGCCGACGCCGAUCAUGUCAUGGCUCGAAUCUACUCUGUUCCAGUGGACAGUGAGGUGGUAACCAAACAACGCUCCGACGUAUUUGCGGCCCUGGAAGCAGAGAAAGAGUACAACUUCAAUUUCAAGAACCUGUUCUACGACAACUCCCCGGUCAAUACGACCUGGCGGCUGUGGCUGGGUGUCCUUGUUCAGUUCUUCCAACAAAUGGAUGGCAACAAUAUCGUCUCGUAUUACGCGACAUAUCUCUUCAUUCAUUCGCUUGGGAUGUCUCAAAACCAGGCUGCCAUCACCAGCGGUGGCGUCACUUUGCUCUUCAUGGGGGGCACAUUCUCGACUGUGUAUACAACAGAGAAAUUUGGCCGACGACCAGUCAUGUUAUGGGGUGCUAUUUUCUGCUCUCUGUUUAUGAUCUUGUUCACCAUCGGACUCGCUGUAAACAAUGACUCUUCCAAUAAGCUGGCCGUGGUCAGCAUCUUCUUGUUUGAGUUUGCAUUUGGGGCCUCAUGGUGCGAUGCUCCGUGGAUCUACGUUCCAGAAAUUGCACCUCUCCAUGUUCGUCACAUUGGCACUUCCAUGGGUGUCUUCACCCAAUGGAUCAUCACAUUUAUCGUGGUCAAGUUUGGGCCGAUGGGAAUCCAAGCCUCUGGAUGGAAAUUCUAUCUCCUGUUCUGCGUCUUCAACGUCUUGGCCGUACCUUUUGUCUAUUUCUGCGUCAAGGAGACAAAGGGCCUUAGCUUGGAGGAGAUCGACGUGCUCUUCGCGAAGAAAGAGUACAAGCACGUGCUACAAGCGAGACUCCGGGGUGAUCUUGAAGCCAUAGAAAAGAACAAAUUUGAGGAGCACGAGGUGGCUCAGGAGACAUUCGAGAUGAAGUAG